AUGGGCGGCCCGGGCGCCGAGGAGGACGAGGAGACUCGGCUCGCGCGCGCGAUCGCCGAGUCCAAGGCGCAGGCAUCGAAGCGCACCGCGACAAUCUUCGCGCCGAGCGACCUGCCGGACUACCAACCGAGGCCCGAGGUCAACUGGGGGGAGCGAUGGGAACUCGAGGAGGCGCUCGCGACGGUGCCCGCCUCGCAGGGCGGUGCGGCGGCUGCCGCGGCGAUGGGCAUGGCUCACCCCGAGAUCGACGGGUCCUCGCUCGCGGGCACAGGGAUCGCGCGGAGGGCGAUCCCCGAGGCGCUGCCAGCCGCCGAGCUCGAUCCCGCCGAGCGGGGCUUUCACGCGGACGACGACGCCGCGGGGUCACCCGCGGACGACGGCGACGACCGCCCGGUGUGGGUCAAGACGUACGACCCGAACGAGGACGACUUUUACUUUUACAACCCCGAGACGCGCGAGACGACGUGGGAAGAACCCGACGCGUCCGCCGCGAAGAUCAUGCUCCAUCACGCCAUCGAGGGCAACGCGCGAGCCAGGCGAAAGCUGGGCCUGGACCCGCCGGGCGGCCCGGACGACGGCGGGGACGUUGGGGACGACGGGGGUGCCGACUUGGGUGCCGAGGGUGCCGACGGGUACGGCCGCGUCACCAUGUCGGAGAUGCUCGACGACGUCAAGGUGUACGAGUACGAAGACGUCCGCGCGGUUUGGAACGGGAUGCCGACGGAGACGGAGGAGGAACGCGAAAGUCGCGAGGCGACCGAGGCGGCGUCACGCGCGAAAGAUCCGUUCGGCACCCGGGGAGGCGGCGACGCGAAGCAGAGCAAGAGGGCGGCGCGUAAAAAAGCGGACGAGAUGCAGGAGCGGCUGUGGCGCCUGCAGGACGAGCGGCAGCGUCGGGAGGACGCCGCCGCGGGCGUCGCGAGCGGAAUCGUCUACGAGGGAACCGCCGGGCUGUGGGCGGCGAAGGCGGCGGAGGCCAGAGCCGCCGCGGUCGCCGCCGCGGCGAACGACGACGACAACGACAACGGCGCCGGGGCGGCGGCGGAGGUGGGCGCGGUUUCGGAGUGGGCCGUCGCCGCGAUGGAGGGGCUCGCCGCCGCGGAGGCGGGCCGAGCGCCCGGCCCCCCGCUCGCCGCGCCCGCCUCCUCCUCGCGCAAGGAGUGGUACUACUGCGACGACGGGGGGGUGUGGCAGGGUCCGUGGAGCGUGGACGAGCUCCGGGGGUGGCGGUCGAUGCUCCCGAUGGAGCUCGCGGUUCGUCGGGCCGGCGCGGACGGCGGCGCGCCCGUCGACGCCGGCGAAGACCAAAACCAUAACCAAAACCAAAACCUCGCGUCGGUGCUCGGCGACGACGAGCUGCUCGCGCGAGCCGCCGCCAUGGACGUCCACCUCCCGCCCAGGGCGACCGCCACUCAGGCUGAGAUCGCCAUCGAGACCGUCAUCGCCAUGCGCGCGGGGAACGCCGGCCGCGGCGACGCCGCCGCCGCCGCCGCCGCGGGGGACGGAAAACCGCCCCGCGAUUUGUCGGCGGCGGCGGCGGCGGCGGCGCCCGCGGGAAUGUCGGCACCCCCGCCGCCCCGGGCAGCAGCCGGCGUCGCCUCGUCCAUGGUCGACUCGGUCCUCGCGGGUCUCAACCCCGAGCAGUACCGCGCGGUGGUAUCCGGCGGGGUGGACCCGGCGGACAUGGCCAGGGCUCUCGUGGCGAAGGUUGAGAGGGACCGAGUCGCCGCGGCGGAGGCGGCGAAGGCGGGCGUCGGCGACCAUUGGACGAGCUCCGGGUACGCGACGGAGGCGAGGUACAACAAGAUGACCGGUCGCGUCACCGCGGCCCCCGCGGGUUCGUUCGCGACGGGCGGCGGCGCCUCCAUCUACUCCGGCGGCGCGCUGGAUCACCACAUAGACGUGAACAAACUGGAGGAGGGUCUGUGGGAGAUGAAACGCGCCAAGGAGCGCCGCAAGGAGCGCGCGCUCUCCAAGCAAGAGAUUGACCGGCUCAAGAAACGACGGGCGGAGAUCAAGAAGAAGCACUACGUGGCGCCUUGGGACGUCGGCUUCGAGAACGUGCAGGAGUAG